GCAGUGUGUGUCUGUGUGAGCCAAAGAAGCCAAAGAAGAAGAAGAAAACGCGAACGCAACAAUAUGCUUGUAACGCUCUAAGAGUAAACAACAUCAAGUUUAUAUAAUAUAUUUAGCGGUUAACACGGAGUUCAAGUGUUGUUAUGGUGGAGAAUUCUCCUUCUCCUUUACCAGAGAGAGCCAUCUAUGGCUUUGUGCUGUUUCUGGCCUCUCAGUUUGGAUUCUUGCUGUAUUUAGUGUGGGCUUUUGUUCCUGAGGUUUGGCUUCAUUCGGUUGGGUUGACGUACUGGCCUCAGAAAUAUUGGGCUCUGGCCGCUCCCAUAUACCUGCUGGUCACCAUAGCAACAUGUGUUGUGCUGUUGUUUGGGGUGAACUUGAUGAACACGGCUGCACUGGGAUCAGUGGAUAACAUCACAGACCACUAUGCUCAGAGUCAGCGUGUAGAGGAGCAUCAAGAAGGAGCCGUUCCCAGACUUGGAGACAUCUCCAUCAGCGAAUUAAAUCGCGUGUUUUACCUCCAUCAUCACGAGUCAUAACAAGACGCCUGUGUUUUUUGAUCAUGUCUAGUGUUCUUGCUGUGGCCCGGCCGCGCUGCUUGCGUUAUGUGGCGGCUCCUGAAGACAUGUGGCGUUUGCUCAGGGUUUACAAGAUCACAUCCAUCAGCUGCCCAUGACAGGCCUGACAUUUGACUUUCAGAUGAACCUUCGUGUUGAAUCGGGAGUGUACGAGCCCUCACUGUGAGACAGAGGCCGUGCGUCAGUAAAGCGCCAGUGAAUCUUUAUCAAAAACAUACGCUUUCACACGUUCAUACUAACCAAAUAUAAAACAGUACAGACAUGAAAUAGCCAAAUACGAAUAACAUGAAUCAUUUUUAUAGGCUGCUCUCUAUUUCAACCCCUGUAAACGUAUUAACAGAGCUCUGACUUGUGCCUUAUACUUAAGUCAGGGGUCGAUUUUUUUUUCAAAUCCAGAAUUUGUCAUGAUCUCACGGUGAAAAUGGUGUGAGGUCAGACUGUGACCCCUGUGUCCUUAGACUAGAAGUGAAACGGUCAUCUCACUAUCUGGCCAUCUUUCACUAUCUGCUCUUCAAUCCGUCUGCAGAAUGGACCUGCUUGUGCUUGCCCGAGCCGCCCCGCGUAUCUACCUGCAGACAGGUGAAGGAGCUCUAGAUAACCCUCAUGAUGAGUAAAUAGAUUACUGGUGUCGGGUGGCCAGUCACCAUUUAACCUGUGACCCCGUGACCUUACCACUGUCUCGCCCUCAUGCCCUGUGUUACUGCUUUAAGAUCUGUUGCUUUAUUCUUCUUCUGUCCACAUGGUGCCGCUCGCUCACUUUAAAACAUGGAUACAAAAUAAGGAUUAGUCUUGGAAAUUUUACCUGUACUUUUUUUAUUAGUUUAUUAAUUUCUUGUGUAAUUUAAACAGCAAAGUGGUUUUCCCAAGAAGAAUUCUGGAAGGAAUGCUCAUUUACAUUAUUUUACUGUAUGUUUUUGCUAUAUUUCUCAAUAAAUAACCACUGGACAA